AUGGUGGUGAUGCCUAUUGCUCUAUGGCAUCGACGAAACUCGCCAAGACCAUGUGACGACUCGCGCCUUCCUCGCCAGCGUUUGCACAACGUCCGAGCUCCCAAACACGCAGCUUCUCAACUUCACCUCGACCCCGAACAGGAAAUACAACAUCACAUCUAUUGGCAGCCAGCAACAUGUCGAACUUGGCGUGAGAGCGCAUCAACAGAACGAGAACACCACAGCAUUACCACCACUCUCGUAAUAACAAUGUCGGACGUGGCGAGGUACUACCACUCUUCGCUGUACGCGUUCAACGCGCAAGCGCGCUCUGCAGUCAUCGGCACGUUCAACGAGGUUAUCCAGGAUGUGGCGGUUCGUUCUUGGUAUGAUGGCGCGCAGGAGAUUUUCCUUCUCGAAUGCCCCAAUACCUUGGGCUCGAUGGCGGAUGAUGCAUUGACCACGAUUAUUAUGAAGUACAUCGAACAGGAGCUUGACGAUGCUGAGAACGAAGAGCGUAGACCCAAUAUACUCCGCUUUCCAGAGAGUCGAUUCGAUGCGCUCGACAGCUUUGCCGAGCAAAGACAGGAGGACGAAGAAGACCUCACCAUGUCGGCUCCCCUUGUCAGCGGCAGGCCUUCGGUGACACACCUGGUCAUCGUUGGGCCAGCAGAAGGCAAAAUGCUGAGAUUCUUCAGAUUGGAUGAGCUCGCCGGUGAUCUACUCGAACGAACUUUGGCUCCUUUCAACGAAAGAGCACAGAGAGUCGUCAACGAUGGCUUGACUUGCAGAGCUGUCCGGUGGAUCGAAGAGACUGGCCGCUACGCAUUCAAUGGCAGAACGGGCACCGGCCGUAUUUCACUCGAGACAGCGGGCGAGAAUCAGCUGGCGCUCCCGCGAUUCGAGCGUCUCCACGACACGCGUACUUUCGAUGCCGAUGCCAACAACUCAGCUGCACGGACGUGGGCUCAUGUCGGCGAAGCGCCUACAGUCGAGAAGUGGGUGCAGGGCAUUGGCGAGACGAGACAAGAAGAUCCGGCCGAAAAGGCCGACAUGCCGAAAGAUGCAAGGAACCUGAUCGCAGCAACAGACUCAUACGCCAUUGGACGGGUGCGCGUACCCAAGGGAGCUCAGGCGCUGGACGAUGACCCGGCAGACUCUGAGACUUCUGCAGACGAGCGACCGCCAACUGGUGCCUUCAAUAACCUAUUGAAGGGCCAGAUGGGGAGCAUUGACGGUUCGGGAGAUGACUCGGAUUCUGAUGAGGCGGAGGAGCCUGCAUUUGCUGAUCUCCUCGGCUCUAACAGCAGCAAACAAGUUGCGGCGUCCAUGCGGCGAUCGUUCUCUGGCGACUGGGGCCUAUUGAGCAGCCCAGAAGCUCGCCUGACUGCUUGGACCAACGCGCGACCAGCGGGAGUGAUGCCAACACGUCGACCGCAGCGAGACACGCCACAGCGUCCGCCAUCGAGUACACAGCAGCUCGAGAACUUUCCACCGCUUGAAUUGAAUUUGCGACCAUGCCAGCAGACGCCAUCGCCGGUAAAACAACCACUCAUAGAGCAGUCUCCUCAAUCUCAACGUCUGCCACGGCAACGCGCUGUUACGAGGGCUUCUCAGGAUACAGCCCUCCGGCAGAGAAAGGUCAGUGCAAGAGAUGACAACAGUAGCUUUCCAGACUAUGGAAAAGACUUCUCGGGUGUCGAUCGGAAGGGUCUGCACGCACCAGCGGCAGCACUGGCCAAAUGGGAGAUUGAGAACUACACGGAGCAGAAGCCCAAGUCGAAGCGACAGCAAGUCUUGCUACGCCAAAGAGAAAUCUCUGGAAGUGGUUUCUCACCCGCGCCAACAGACCGCAGUGACUUUGGCAACCGGGAGUCGCAAACAGGGACGCGAGGCUCCCGCGCUGAUUCUGGUGUCUGUGCUUCUGAAGACACUCUUGUCAAUACACCAGCCCAAGCAGAACCCGAGUGGGUCAACAAUGUCGUCCAGCCACGCGUUCAAACGGUAAGACUUGUCGAAGAACGAUCACGCUCCUCUGAUCGCUUACCAGAAGCGCCACCUGGCUUCCUCGCCCCCAGAGUUCCUCGAAUUAAGCCUGAUCAGGUCUCUGCUAGCCCUGGUGUCAAGGAGUCCGACGGCCAGCUCAUCGAUGUCGAACCGAAUGUCCUUGAAGACGUGCCGAGCCAGCCUCCUGCGAGUAUUUUUGCCAAUAUGCAGAACCCUCUGGUGCCGACUUCGUCUGAAUCCACCUCUCAGGCACGCCAGGAACGCCCCACAGGCGACGGAGGCUCGCAAGAUGUCAUCGUCGAACGUGUACAGACGCUACCAGCAAAUUACACACUCAAGCGCAACACAAUGCGGCAGAAAGCCACCAAGAAACACAAAUCGAAGAACACGCUGAAGGGUGGUGCCAAGUCUGCCGCAAAGAAGGUCGAGCUUCCACUGCCUUCGCCUCCGCCGCCACCGAAGCCGAAGCUAGCACCCUUGCCUCAGACCAGUGAGCAGAAGCCUCGCAUCAAGACGACGCAAGCAGAAGAACACGGCGGAGCUCCAAAUAUCUCUAAAGCACCUCCUAGCUCCAGCAUCGUUAGCGAGUCCCAUGCUUUCGGACAAGCACUGCUUGACAUCCGACAGCUGUCCAUGCUUAAAGCACAGAGUGCAGACGCAGAGUCAGAUACCGCCCAACCACUGGAGACGGUCAAGCUAGCAUGCCAAAUCGGCAUCGUUUUGCUGCGUGGUCUCGACAAGUCGCUCCGACAACGCACCAAUGAGCCCGAGGUACUGCAGCACAAGCUGAGUGCCACGUCGACCGACUUCAAACGAGAUUUGUUCAGCCGCGUCACCACUUCCAACAACGAUGCGAAGGCAUUGAUCGCACUCAUGAGCAAGAGCGAUGGAGACUUCGUCACUGACGUCUUUUACGACGUCAUCAUUCGGGACGAUACUGGCGCUUUCUUGACCAUCACCAUUCCCUCCGCCGACAAGGAGAGCUAUACCAUCAAGUCUCAAGAUCAGAUAUUGACAGAGGCCUGCGCUCACUUCCCGACCAGAGUCUGGGAUGUGAAAUAUGCUAUUCUCAGGCCGGCCAGCGAAGGUGACACGCCAGCAUCAAAGGCAGUCAAAGAGUUUGUUGCUUCCAUGAAGAGUGCUGAGGAUGCACCGUCUUUCAGAGCAAUGGUCUCCAUCGGCGUGUUCACGCUCGAGAGAGUCCUUGCGAAGAGAGUGUUCCACCAGACAGCUGACGGUAUCACGACGAAGGUCGUGCAGGUGCAGGAUCUUUUCAUGGAGCCGGCCGACCACGAGCAUCACAACAUCCAAGUCAUUGCGCUGUCCGAAGAGCGUAUGGCCGAGGAACAACGACUGUGGUGGGAAGCGAGCUGGGAGACUACUGAUGUGAUGGCGGCAGAGGAGCUCGAGUCGCGAGUAAACCAGGUCGUCUGUAGUAUGGACCAUGUCGGUCUUGAGAACCAGGGGCCGUGGGUGAGGAUGGAGGAAAGCGAUGAGGGAGAGCGUCCGAUCGUGCCUGCGGACGCUAUUUUGUGGUGA